GGGGGUGUUUGUUUGUUUGAAAACGUGGUUAGAAAAGCACGUGUUUAUGUUUUCUUGGAAGAAACUCGCCUUUUCUCUUAGUACAGCUACAGCUGUUAUAGGUGUUGUCUUGCUAUAUAAAUUUUUUAGAAGGAAAAAGGGUUUGCAUCAUAAAAUUUAUAUCUGUAGUUGCUUAGAAGAUUGGGAAAAGAUUGAAGAUGAAUUUACUUCAGCAUGCAUUACACNUUCAGGACUCGUAAAAUAUGCUGCACAAGAUGCUAUAGUUUCUGCACGAAUAUUUGAAGAGAUAAUGAGGUGGAAGUUGUCAAAAAACCUACCACAACAUUCAAGUUCAAAGACAGAAGCAGAUAUGUUAUAUGAAGAGGCUCUCUUUAUUUGUUCUGAUAUUAUUGAUCUACCAUAUAAAAAUAAAAGUAAACCUUCUUCAAUGACAUCUCAAAGUAAGGAUGGAUUAGUGAGAAAAUUUGAUGAAAGUAAAGGCUAUUCCACACGCAACAAACCAUUUUAUCAUAAUUGUCAAUUGCAAGCACCUGAUGGUGAGCCUCUUUGUGUAUGUAAUACCAAAAAAAUCAAUUGGUACUUGAGUAAAAAUUUGGCAAUUAAAAUACAGGAUGACCCUUUAAUUGUUCGUCUCAACUUUGAACCUGCCGGAAGACCUAUAUUGGAUAAUGUUUAUUACACUCACGAAAAAGAAAAUUGUUGUGUAGUUUGUGGAAAAUCAAAUUCUUUUAUUAAAAAGAAUAUAGUGCCUCAUGAAUACAGAAAAUAUUUUCCAAAUCUGAUGAAAGAUCACUUGUCUCACGACAUCUUGUUACUAUGUGUUAGUUGCCAUAAAAGAAGUAACGCUUACGAUCUAGAGUUACGUAGACAACUUGUAAAAGAAUGUGAUGCUCCCCUGGGUUCUCAAGAUAACAUCAGACUCCAAACAGAUCCAAUUCGUUUAAAGGUUCAUUCUGCUGCAAAAGCAUUGGUCAGGAGUGGAGCUAAUCUCCCGAAUAAUCGAAAAAUAGAGCUAGAGAGCUUGGUCAAAACUUUUUAUGAGUUGGAAGAAAUCACCCCCGAAAUUUUAGAAGAAGCAGCGAAUAUGAAUACUAAGGUUGAGAAUCAGAAUUAUAUACCACAUGGUCAAAAAGUGGUUGAACACGUGUCGAAGAACGGGGGUUUAAUAGCUUUCGAAAGUAGGUGGAGAAAACACUUUCUGGACACAAUGAAACCUGAAUAUCUUCCACAAAUGUGGUCUGUGGAUCACAAUCAUCAACGACUUUUACUUCAAGUUAAGAAAGGAAAUGUUGACUUUGACUUAUCCGUUCUUGGUAUAUCGCAAGAUGAUAUCGAUGGCAUCCAUGAUGGUGAUGAAUGACUGUUUAUCCUCAUCAAAAAACUAUAAUAUUUUAAGUUGUACAAAUUUUGUUUUUUACAUAUAAUUUAUUUUGUAUUAAAACGAUUCGGCAUUAAAAUAAAAUCAUUUAAAAAAAA